CCCAGUCCACAACACAAAGCAAAUGCAGAAAAAUUCCAGUGUCCCACAUCAUUCCUUGGUUUGGGCAUUUGCAAGCAACCAAUGAAAUUGAUGGAGAGAGACAUGGACAUGCAGUAUGGAGGAGAAUAUUAGCAACAUUUUGCUUCUCUUCUCUUUUCUGAUGACUUCUUUAUCAGCCAGGAAUGCCUUCAUCACUAGCUUUUCCAUGUCUAGGGUUGUGCCCUCCAAACCCUUUGUUGUUUGCUCUUGUGACAGGAGAGACUACUCCCUUAACCAUGGCUCUCUGGUCCUCAAGGCUGCCACACUAUUGAGUCCUCCCACAAGAUUUGAAGCAUCAAAGUUGAAGGUUGUGUUUAUGGGAGAAGAGAUGGAAAACCAACCAUUCUGCAGCAUUCCUAGAGCUUACACUCUCACUCACUGUGAUUUCACUGCCAAUUUAACAUUAGCAGUCUCAAAAGACCUCAAUAUUUACCAGUUGAGAGAGUUUAAAACAAGAUUAGAAAGGGAUGAUGUAUUGGCUGAGUGGAAGAAGGUUGAUGGAGAAGUGUCUUUGUAUGUCCAUUGUUAUGUCAGUGGUGCGAACCUCUUGCAAGAACUUGCCACUGAGUUCAGAUACUACAUUUUCUCUAAGGAACUGCCAUUGGUUCUCAAAGCUGUUGUUCAUGGAGACUCUGUCCUCUUUGAUGAGCAUCCAGAGCUAAUGGAAGCAAAGGUAUGGGUGUAUUUCCACUCCAAAUCAAUCAAGUACAACAGAGUUGAAUGCUGGGGUGCUCUCAAGGAUGCAAUGCAGAGAACAUUGAACAGCUAUACAUCAAGUGACAUCCAGCAUGCAGUCAUGGAAAGAAUUAGAAACAGUUGGAAUACUAGAACAAUUUUUCAUGCUCUUGUAUCCUUCCUACUUUGACAUCAGAGUGAAGCAAUGGUGCCAUAUCUGAAUGAAUGUAAAAAUCUCCAUGAGAUGAAGCUUGUUAAUAAUUAGUAUACAUAGACAUUCAUGGCACAUAAACAUAGCCUUGAUUGGCGUGGAAAUCAGGAUUUCUGAAACUAUUCUUUUGCUGUAAAUGCAUUCUUGACCAAAAGUUCUCAUUUAUGGCAAUUUAUUUUAUACUA